AUGGUUUUUGGAAACGACAAAGACAAAGAGACAAGCAGUGGAGUGCUAGAGACCUUGGGGUUAAAGUCGGAAGCUCCUCGCGAUGUGCAGGAAGGUGUAAUGGCAUCGAAUGCCGACAACCUCCAGCGUCAUCUUGGAAACCGUCAAAUCCAGCUCAUUGCAAUUGGUGGCUCCAUUGGCACUGCUCUUUUCGUGAGCAUCGGUAGUGGUCUCUACCAUGGUGGUCCCGGAAGCUUGUUCAUCGCGUUUGCGGUUCAGAGCAUCUUUUUGGCCAUGGUGAACAACUGUCUUGCUGAGAUGACCACCGCUUUCCCUGUUAGCGGUGGGUUUAUUCGCUUGGCUGGAAAAUGGGUAGAUGAUGCUCUUGGUUUUAUGGUUGGCUGGAACUUUUUCUUCUACGAAGCUCUGCUGAUUCCAUUCGAAAUUUCGGCCUUUACACUUGUGCUGUCAUUUUGGAGUGAUGUUGUCACUGAACCUGGCCCAGUUGCUGGUAUCUGUGCCGGUGUGAUUAUUUGCUAUGGUUCCCUCAACGUUCUUGCUGUUAAGGCAUACGGUGAAGCCGAAUUCUGGCUGUCAGGCGGAAAGGUCGUCCUGAUCUUUUCUCUAUUCUUCUUCACCUUCAUCACAAUGGUCGGUGGAAACCCACAGCACGAUGCCUACGGCUUCCGUUACUGGAACAACCCAGGGGCUUUCAUGGAGUACCUGGACACCGGUGCUCUCGGCCGCUUUGAAGGUUUCCUCGGAUCUCUGUGGUCUGCUUGUUUCGCUGUCGUGGGCCCCGAGUACAUCUCAAUGGUCGCCGCUGAAGCCAAGCGUCCUCGGAUUUAUAUCAAGAACGCUUUCAAGACGGUUUACAUCCGAUUCGGUCUUUUCUUCAUUGGCGGUGCCUUGGCUGUCGGAAUUAUCUGUGCUGCCAAUGAUCCAGCCCUGGUCGAGGUUGUGACAGGUGGUUCUUCGGGUUCUGCUGCUGCAUCUCCAUAUGUCAUUGGUAUGCGCAACAUGGGAAUUAAGAUUUUCCCAUCUAUUGUCAACGCACUCUUGCUCACUUCAAUCUUCUCUGCUGGUAACACCUACACCUACUGCGCAAUCCGUACUCUGUACGGCCUUGCUCUAGACGGAAGAGCUCCAAGAAUCUUGACCCACACCACUCGCAACGGUGUCCCAAUCUACUGCUUCUGCAUCGUGAUGAUUUUCCCAAUGCUUUCCUUCCUACAAUGUUCCAGCAGUUCGUCCAUUGUCAUCACCUGGUUCGCCAACCUGGUCACAGCCGGCGGACUGAUCAACUAUAUCACCAUCACAUUGACAUAUAUAUUCUUCCACCGCGCCUGCAAAGCCCAAGGCCUAGACCGCAGAUCAUUCUCUUACUACGCCUGGUUCCAACCAUACACUGCAUACAUCGCCUUUGUUUGGAUGAUUAUCGUUACUUGUGUCUACGGCUACUCUUCCUACAAGCCCUGGUCCGUCUCGACCUUCUGGUCAGACUAUACCAUGCAAAUCGUUAUCCCUCCUCUCUUUAUAAUCUGGAAGGUUAUCAAAAAGACAAAGUUCGUCAAGGCCCAUGAAGCCGACCUCGUCUGGGAACGACCCCUUAUCGAUGCUUAUGAGGAUAGUUUCCUCGACCCGCCCACUGGGUUCUGGAGAGAAGUUCUUCAGAUGGUUGGAAUCGGGCGCGUUAAGGGUGGAAAUGAUAAAAGAAGUAUGUCCAUUGCUGAUCCUUCCCAUUCGACUUCCUAUUCUCAUGGAAAGGAAGAGGGAUCCAGCGCUUAA